AAAAUACAAUUUUCUGUUAACACUGAAAUCUAUAGUGUCUUUGGUUACUUGAAGUUGUCAGUGACGAGGUCCAUAAUUCCGUAGAAAAUAGAAAUUUUAGCCAAAAUAUGUCAAAAAGAAUCGCUCAGAGCUCUGUAAACUGGGCUGCUUUGGCCGAAAGGGUUCCAGCUGAGCAGAAGGCCAGCCUUGCUGCUUUCAAAGUCAAGUCCGAUGGCUAUCUUCGCAGGGUAUUAGCUAACCCCGCAGAGGCACCCAAAAUUAACUGGGCGGUCUACAAGCAGACCAUUCCUAUCCCUGGAAUGGUAGAUAACUUCCAGAAGCAGUAUGAGGCCCUGAAGAUCCCAUACCCUGCUGACACAAUGACAGCUAAGGUUGAUGCCCAAUGGGUUGAAAUAAAGAAAGCUAUCGACGCUUUUGUACAAGCGUCUAAUGCUAACAUUGCUAAGUACCAGAAACAAAUUGAAGAGACCAACGCAAUCCUUCCUUACGACCAGAUGACCAUGGAGGACUUCAAGGAUGCCCAUCCCGAUAUUGCUAUUGAUCCUAUCAACAAGCCUACAUUCUGGCCCCACAAUCCCGAGGAACAAUUAGACUACGUCGACCCGGAGAAGCAAGCUCAGGCCUCUCAUUAAAUGAAGCAUAAUUAAAUAGAGCUUACAAUAAGUUCAACUGUAAAGUUAUCAAAAUAGAACAUUUUCUCUGGAGAUCAUGUACUGUGGUUAUUAUCUGUUCUGUAUAAUUUAUGUAGGAAUAAAGUAAUAUUUCCAAUUA